CAACUUCACAACCCUCUUCAUUUUUCUGUUUUCUUAAUUUGGUUUCUCUGCAGCUUCUAUUAGCUUCUGUAGCCUUCCCAGAACAAUAUGAUUUCCAGGUUCAUGAGGAGGCCCUUCAAAUUGAUUAAAACCCUAGUUGAUAAGCAAAGCAUGAAUGAUAAGACCAUGAAUUCAAUGGCAGCUGUUGGCUUGGGACUACUACUCACACAGAUGUCACAAGGGAAGAAGUCGUCAAAUAUCGUUGUGAAACCAGCCUUGAGAUUGAGAAUCAAACCCACUGUUAUUAAGGUCGCCGGCUGCGUCUCCCGGCCUGAUCAGCAGCACUCAUGUUUUCUUAAAGCUUGCCAUCUAUGCAACAAGGGAUUGAGCCUUGAUAAAGAGGUCUAUAUGUACAGAGGGGAUAUUGGAUUUUGCAGCAUAGUGUGCCGGGACAGGCAGAUUGUUUUGGAUGAAUUAAGAGAUCUUGAAGCUUCCACUAAGAAAGUGUUAGCAGCAUAUAGGCGCCGUACUUGCACCAGUAAAGUUUUAGAUGAUGUUCAUCUGCAGCAAGAGCGAAUCCCUAGUCGGCGAACACUAUUUGCUCUUUGACAUGAUCGAGCUUAUUAUUAUUUCGUUCAUCGAUCAAGUAACAGUACUUAUCGAAAUCGGUAUACAAUUACUUAGCUCAGUAAGCACGUACUUAGCAGUAGCAAACUUAACUAUGUGGAAAAAUAUCUUGUUUCAGUUUUUGUAUUUUGAGGCAUCAGAUGUCUUUUCUCAAUUUCUGAGAAAGAAUAUCCAGUUUCAUCUGUAAGGAGAUAAGUAUCGGGCACUUUGUCCUCGUCUGCCUGUCUCUCUCUUUCAUUGUCUGUUGUAAUCAAUGGAAAAUGAAAUCAUUGGCUAUAA